CCCGCUCAGAUGCCCCCGUCCAACGAUGCCCCAUAGUCGCCCCUCCUCCUCCCCCAGCAUCCCCUCUUCCACCCCCUUUCCUCUCGCAACACAGCGCCUCAGGAGGACACGCCAGUCCAUCGCAGCAGACGCCCAUGUCGCUUCCUCAUCUCCAGCCGGCCGCGCAACCCGCUCGGGGAGAAGAAGGCCGAGGGACGAACUCGAGGAGGAGGACGUCGUGCCGCCCAGUGAUGACGACGAGUACGAAGAGUGGAGAGACGGACGCGCUGCAAAGAAGGCCAGAGAAGAUAGUGUAGGUGCUUUGAGUCCUACUCCUCAUGUCAAUAGGCAUCGGCAGCUGGCUCAAACAAAGUCGUUACCGACCUGUCCACAGCCAAAGAAGCCUGAUAAAGACAGCACUCAGGCAGUGCGGGUAACCCCAAGUCGCCCAAGAGUGUAUAUCAAUCUCUUCUCCCCCGAUAGACCACCCUCACCCUCUGAAUGGGGGCCCUCAUCACCGUCAUCGGGAGAGACCACUCCCACAUUACGCCUAAACUUGGCAGAAAGUGACACUUUUGGUCGUAAUCCUGUCAAUCGGCCCCCUACAGAACCCCCUGCACCGGUGGCCAUGGCGGAGGCAUGGGACGGAGAUGACGACGAGCUCGACCUUUUGCCUACAAGGCCGAAGCGACCCAAUAUCAAUCGAGGGCGCCCUUCUUUGCCAGACAGAAUCGAAGAACUGGAAGCAAAGUCUCCAGCAAUCCUCGCGUCCGAUAAUCGCCUAUCGCCAGAGGUUUCUGCGAGAUAUACAAAGGAGACGGCGGAGGAGGAAGGAAUUUCACCUGCUCGGUUUACUGGUACUUUUGGUCGACGUUCGGAAUCGCCCAGAGUUGAUGCUCUGGGUGUUUUGCGCAACGGGGCUGGGGAGACUAUGAUCCCCGCACCUUUCCAGAACGUCAUGUCACAGACUUCCGUAGAUGAUCACCAAAGUCUGCUGGGAAAUCAAAAGGACAUAUCUCUUGGAAAGACGCCGAGUACUGCAGCUCGGCAUUCACAAUCUCCCAGGUCUGCAGCGUCGCCUGGCAGGUCCCGCGAGGACGCAGUCGGAAUGCGUGCAUUGGGCGAAAAGACUAUGGAGUCGCAUAGUUCUCGUCGACUCUCCCCCGGACGUGACGACACACUCUCCGAAGAACCUAAAAAACAAGCAAUCGCCCCUGUGACACCCUCACCCGUCGAACAGGAUGAGUCGCAGCUCACUCCCCUUACUCCCUCGCAACCCAAAUCCCAACAUUCGCUCCCCGUACAUUCAGCGCAGGUGCUCGACUACGAUCCUCCUUUCCAGGAUUGCCCGAGCCCGAGCCCCGUUGGAUCCCCUUUGCAAGAGCGACAGGUAGUACCCUCAUACCGGGUACAUACGCCGGACUUGCUGCAAUCUCAAAGCCAGGUGCACUCUCCGCCCCCUAUCCUUCGCGGGUCUUCACCCGAGGCGGAUCUGAAUACGCUCUUGGGAGAGAUUGCUGCUCGCCCGAUGCCCGCUCGUGUACCCACCCCCGAUCCGACGCCAGCCCCUGCCUCUGCCCCGGUAGACGCGGCCCUCCAGCAAUUUCGCACUGCUCGCACAUUUCGAACUCGUACAAACGUUCAGCUACAUCCUUACACAAAAGAACGCCAAAUAUACGAAGCUAUGCUUCGUAAAGGCGGUAUCCGCGCAAAGCAAGACCUCCAAAGAGCCCAAGCAGAGAACCGUCGAAGAGAAGAGCAAGCCAGCCGAGUGGACAAGGACGACGCCCUGGUAAGCCAGGGAUCAGAGCCUUCCGUGUCUGAAUCCGACGAGGCCGAAGACGCUAUAGACAACGGGACAGGUGAGAGAAUCGUGAUUGGCCCCGGCGCAUCUCCUUCACGGCCUCUUCGACCGGGUCGUGCACCAUUACCUCUCGUAGACGCCGACCUCGAUGAGUAUCUCAUGACCUUUGGAGUGGUUCCCGAUGUCGACGAUAUGGACGAGACGACCAGUCGAAAGUUGCAAAGCAUUGCUAGGCAGAGGAUCCGGAAAGCAAAGGAUGACGAAAAGAAGCGCCGGCAGGAGGAGAGACUAAAUAGACGAUUUCAAAAGACGCUCAAGGAGUUGAGUCUGAAAGAGUCUCGGGAAAAACGGAGGUUGGAGAGAUUAAGGGAGGAGGAGAUGCGGCUAAAGAAGCAGCAAGUGAGAGAAGAACGAAGCCGUAGGCUACAACAAGAGCUGGAGACAAAGCGAAUUGCGACCGAACAGAAACGCAAAGAGCGAAAAGAGAAAAGGAGACGAGAAGAGGAGAUUGACGGUGAUACUGAGAGGUUUUUGAACGGCCUGCGGGGUGAUAGCGUUGAGGGUGCUGGAGAAGACGGUGAUGCCGACAGUGAGGAUGCCCGACGAGACGAAGAGUUUGAGCUCUUCAUGGAAGGCUUGAGAGGAGGUGAUGAGGCUGAAGUGGUGUCCAAGACCAAACGCGCAAAGGCCUCGAAGAACAGCACCAACAAGCGCACCCCUGGCGGCAUCAAAACGUAUGGUCACCGAGACAAAAGACCUACACGCAUACCUUCCAGCUCUGAUUUUGACGACAUCGCGCUGGAGGCAGGACCUUUGCAUGUCCCUCGUCCCCAUCGCUCCCAUUCGCCCUAUCGAUCUCCCUCCCCACCAGUGUCAUAUCGUUCAAAUCAAAUCGACUUUGACAUGGACGCACAAGGGUAUGAUAGCGAUCACGGUCCAGAUCUUCCAGCUCUUCCACCAUCAUACUCCCCCGGUCCUGGAUUCGCCGAAACCUUUCGACAAUUCUCUCACAUCUCCCCUCCUCGUCGACCUGCCCUAGGCGGCGACUCGCCUGUCGACGAUGCGAAGGAUGAUUCAGAGGUUGAAGGAUCGGAUGGCUCAGAUUCAGAAGAAGUCUCACACGAUGAUCCCCGUCGGAGGAUUGCCGGGCGGAUGAUGCCUGCUCGCAUGCUUCGACAGUUGGAGCAAGAGGCCGCCCAAAAAGAAAGGGAAAAACAGGAGCGGAAACGCAGAGAUCUGAGAGAACGAGAAAUCAGAGAGGCAGACGGGACGCUCUCUGUGGGACCUGGAAGAGCUGUGGUCAGGCGACAGAAGGGACAAGAGGCCUUUGAUGAUAUAGCGGAGCUGUUUUCUCAGGAGCAUGAGAGCGAUGGGGACGGACAGCCUUCAAACAGGCCGACAGGCGAUAGCGGCGAUGAGGGUCGCCCCAUAUUGGUGUACGACAGCGAUUCUUCGCAAGCAUACGAAGACAACGCAGCCGAGCAGCCCCUGGCACGACUCCAUCGAGGUGACUUUGCGGGCAUCGUCGCAGGUCGCAGCAGAGUAAAGGCCGCAGCACAGAAAGCGGGGAAGCGGAAAGCAGACGGUCGAAGAAGCAAGGCGCCGGAGCGACCAGCUAUCGGUCUGGUGCGCCAAAAAGGUGAUAACAAUGCGGACCGAGGGGAUCGACGUAGCAAAGAGCCAAGGCAGACUCGACUGGACUUUCCCAGUGUUGGUGAAGCGGAGGCUCGCUCGCGCAACAAGCGCAAGCGCCGAAAUCAACGUCCUGCCAUCCGACUGGACGACGACGUGAUCUUUGCAGCCGAUGAUUUUGCGUUUGACAGUGGCAAUGAUGACCCAACUCCAACAUCACCUCACCCCACGCGAGUAGCGAGGGCAACUGAGCGAGUCAAUCCUACUACAUCGAACGUGUCCAACACUGCUGCGCCGAGUCUCGAUGUCGGGAUCGGAAAGGCCAGGUCGUGGGCAAACUUUGAUCGAUUUUCGACCGACUUUGGCAUAAGCCCUCUACCUGCAGGUCUCUUCUGCGACCCUGAGAGUAUUCCGGGCAGCGGAAGACUCGCUUCCCUCGUGACCUUCCUCCGGCGAUCCGGGAACCAGACAGGCGUCAUGCCUGGGACGGUGAAAGAGUUUGGAAUUGAGCUUGCGGCGGAUAUGUCUCCUGCUGCUGUUCAAGAGGUCAUUGAUAUCGUUUUCGACGCGACUCAUCGCCAGCUGCUUGCACUUGCCAAUCGUAGCACCAGCACGGAGGUACCUCUCGGUCCUUUGAUAUUCUUGUCCUCAUACGUCUCGGCGCAUGAGCAGGAUAGCGAACUCGUGUCACUGAGGGAAAGUCUUCUGCGCUGUGUUGAGGAAAUGCUUGCCAAGCUGGACGGCGUCGAUAUCGCACAGUCUAGUAACAACCAGCUCGCGAAAGGUUCGCUUCUCAAUACCCAGUGGGCUCUCUUUGAGCUGGUCUGUCGCGCAUGCGCUGGCACCGCCGAAUCCACGGUGAAUGCUACCCUUGUGCAGGAGUGUACGUUCGCGUUGUUGCGCCAGCUCUUGCUCAACGGUUUUGACUUGACAAUCCGCCCCCUCAAGGCCAUCAUGGCAGGCGAGUCUGACUCACCAGAGAUCAAAGACGCGACCAUCACACUUUGGAUUUCUAUCCUUCACAGCACCUCCGCUUGGGAUUCUUGUGCACAAAGCAGUCAAGAUACUCUGUUCCUUGGUGCCUUCAACCGCGCUAUUGACAUUGUCUUCCCACUCGACCGCACGGGCCCGAUUGCUGCCGAGCGUAUAUGGUAUCUCGUCUUUGGUCUCUGUGCAUUGUCUCAAUUCAACGAAAAGGGCGAGAUCAACGAGACCUUUAACGCUGUGCCUAGAUGGACGCUCGUCAAGCGUGCGGUUUCCCUCAUCAAGGUAGUCUUUGACGAGGACGCCGAAAAGAGGGCGCACCCCCAAACUUUGCGAGGUCGAGAUAGAUACAUCAAAGCCAUGAUGGCCAGAUGUGUCAAGCUUUCGGCUGUUUGGAAGUGGUACUUUGAACGGGACAGCUUUUCUCUGGUCAAUCGUGACCUUGGGAAUAUAUUUAAAGACCGGCAAUACCGCAAUCUACCUACUGAGCCGCCAGUGGAUUAUCCAGAGUUCAUCACCCAUUACGACAUGUCUCUCUCUGCAUCCGAGGAUACCAGACACGAGACCGCGUUCGAUCUUUACCUCCGCCUGGUAUGCGUCGCCGCAUCCGAUAUCAUAUCAGGCGCUGAGUCUCUCGCAGAGGCUCAGCGGGCUGAAAAAGAUGUCCAGCGGCUCGCCAUGUCCACCAUCCCUAUCAGCUCUGUCAAGUUCAAUCGCAUAUUGCCACCGGGACCCCGCGAACUUGCCCAGCUUACAAAUAGGUACUCGACCAUGAUUGCCGCCUGUUACUUUUCUCCGUCCCUCCUGAGAUACCUCCUGGCCAAUUCCAAGAAUUGGUCGCCUUUUGCGCAGGCUGAUUACGAAUCUCGGGAAGUCUGUAUCCGUGGUUUGAUGUACCUGGCGGUAGCGUGUAGGCAUCAUGACCAGCCUCUCGAUCCUGUAGUCGAGAGAUUGGCAGAGAUCCUACAGAUACUGCAGGAGGAAUUGGAGGGCCAUGCCAAAGGAAUUUUGCCGCCUCAAGCAGCCAAGAAGCCCGAGAUCAAGAAUACAAUGGUCUUGAUCGUCGUUUGCUUCAGAGAGAUGAUCAAGCAUCACUCGUUUGAUGUUGAGGAACAGUCCAAGCCUGUUUACCCUGACCCGUCCCUUCUGCACGAGAGUUGGACUUUGCGAAUCUUUGAUUUAGACCUCGCCAAUGAUCUCAAAUGUGGAUUUGAAGUCAUUUCGACCAUCCAAGCAUUCCUGGAUGCCCGAGCCAAAGUACUUCCCGACUCGGUCCGUCGCCGUCGCGCCGCCAAAGAGUCGGUCCAGCAGCAGGACAGUUUUGACGAGUUUGGGUCCAUGGGAAUAGACUUUACAGCCGCUGAUGUGCUGGCUCUUGGUGGCGAAGAGGCAGAACCUGACCCAAAUGAAGAGUCUGAUAGAAAGUUUGUCGAGAUCAUUGAGAAUGUCAUCUCUCCCAAGAUAUAUCAACUUCUUUCAGACAUGUUGCCCUUUGUUGUGGACGGAGAGAUUGACAAGCACUGGCCGGAGGAGCGGCAGUUAUUCAUCGGCAAGCUUACCAAAUGCUGGUCUGACUGCGCUGCUGUGUUGGUUGUCGAGCAUGUGAAGCUCGAUUGGAAUACUUUUAUCUCCUCUCACGGCCGGCAAUCAUGGACCAGGCUGGGUGACGAGCAGGGACGAGUUCAAGUGGGACUGCAUUUCAUGCUAAACGUGCUGGAACUGGACCCGUCUUCAUUCACUGAGCAUGGCGAUGACUUUGUAGCCUUGCUUUACCAAAGCAUAGGUACAGACAAGCUCACCAUCGAACACAAGUAUGCCGGUACAAUUCUCAACCUUGCUCGGGCAUCCGAACACCUUUUAUUGAUCGACGUGUGCACCAACAAUACCCUCGACAAGAACCCAGAUAGAACAGAGUUUAUGGAAAACAGAGGGCAGAUUCUGCAAACAUUGUUUAUGACCUGUUCCAAUCUUUUGGCAUCCAGCCAUACGCCCGCUUCUACAAAAGCAUUCAUCUAUCGUUGUAUCAACACUUUUGUUUCUUCUCUUGUAUCUUAUGAUAAAUCCAUCAACGACAAUAAAGUCCUCCAUAAAGAAUCAUACCGCGCAUUCCUUGAUACCACUUUAUCUGAUCUCCAGCGCUGCGCUGGCACGUACUUCCAUCCGAUGUCUGUACCGGGCCUGAAAUAUUUCCCCAAACCAUAGCAUAGAUAGAUGUUGUCUCAACUGUUCCAUACGGUUUACAUCAUGCAUAA